CUAGAAUAUUGCAGUUUGCUCCGUCCGCUGAAGACUCUUUCAGAUUGUUCUCCAUCAGCUCCAUCGAAGAAUUGAUGAGUAUUGGAAACACACACUUGGUUAUGCAUACAGUUUAACGAAAAUUAACAUGUAUACUUCACUUUUCACACACAUUUUGAAAAUCACGGAUUGACAUCAUGAAUACAUCAAACGCGGACAUGAGAUAAAACGUAUUGUUUGCAACAACGCGUCUACACGAAAGUAUAUAAUUGCAGCAAAUUAUUAUUUUAUACAUUCGACACUGUACAUGCACACGGAACAAACGGGACGAACUACGAUUGUCUUGGCGGUUACGUGAAAAUCGUCAAUUAUUAAUACAACAGCUUUUUAUUCAAUUUAAUUUCAUUGAGUUAGAUUGUUAGCAUUUGAUAAAAACUACACCGCGCUCGAUCUUUUUCAACAAACGCAGAGAUUAUUUUGGAUCUUUACAACAUCAAAACUUGUACUCGUUAGAACAAUAACCAUUUGAAUCUAUGGCGCAGUCGCUAGACAAUCGACGAAAAUCGCGAAUAUCUGCGACGCAUAACUACCAAACUUGCAGUAAGUAAUACGUUCCAACAAUUUCUUAUAACUUUAAUCAACACUCACAAUAGAAAUUUAUACUUUUUACGCACUUUUAAUAAGAAUAAAAUAUAUAAUCGCAAAAUAUUUACACUCUGCGUCUUCUUUAGUCUCGAAUACGUUUGUUCGUUUCACAGCGAUACUCAAAUAGUACUUGUGGCGGCGAGAGAGUGCAACACCGGCUAUCGGCAAUAGCUGGUAUAAUAUCGUGUGAAGAUACACGGUCGACUUCACUGUUGCGUGAACUUGGCGCGAGACGUAAUCGUAUCUCUUGAUAUUAUCUUACCAGCGCUGUUACAUUUCCAAUGUCGAAUGUUGCACUCUUUCGGCCACUAGACGUACUAUUUCUUUACCGUUUUCAACGUCUUUCGGCGCGUUGCUGUGGGACGAGAAGGACGAAUACUUUCAAAAAUAAUCUCUAUUUUAUAUCAAAAGUGCGUAAGUAGUGUUAAUUUUUAUCGAAAGUACCGUUUAAAGUAAUGUGUAAUUGUCGGAACGAGAGUGUUUAUCACUUAUUAUGAAUAUUCGCGAUUAACAGCGCUUCGUCGGCGGUUGGGUCGUGAAUUCAAAUAGGUUACAAUCUCAGAGCAGACAUUUUGAUGUCACACAUGAAAUGAUCGGAAGAAUCGAAUCACUAUAUCUACACAAUAUACAUACGUCGAAUGAAUCACUGAAUGUAUAUAAUGAUAAUAAACGGUUAUAGUAUUGUGUACGUAGGCGCGAUGUGAAUUUUUGUCUGGAGUGUCGUUGAAAGUAACGCGUAAUUACCGGAACGUAUUAUUCAACGCGAGUAUUUGCGUCGUUCUCGUAUCGGUGAAGUGUGCGAAUUAACUUUUGUUUAAUGGUACGCGCAAUUACGUGCGAGUUUCCAGUACUUAUCAAUCUCUUCGAUGAAACGAAUUUGGAGCAGUUUUAGACAAAAUCUACAGAAGGCGGAGCAAAUUACGAUAUUCUAGCUGCUUGGCGCACCUGAUAAGUCGACACCGGCGAUGCUGCAAACAUCUAAGCCACCCGUGCUGGUCGCGCAGCAGUGUUGCUUCGCACUUAACGGCUUAGACCUGCACAGAAUCUGCAUAUAAAAAGGAAAUUAAAAUUAUCCGAAGUAUCAAUCAUGACAGUUAUGUAGCAUCGAUGGAAGAGAAGAAUGCCUGUCAUCUCGCAAACGAUAAAUCAAUCGUACGAGUAUUCCUUCUGGUUGCCGCUGGCUCGAGAGCGUGCACGGCUCAAGAGUCAGUCUCGACUGAUUCGACCCCGAGCGGUAACAAUUGCUCGACCACCGACAGCUUGCUCAUUCUUCGCUCCCCAAACGAGACGCGGGAGAGCAAGAUGGACAUGAUGGCGGCGGACGUGCUUGUAGACAGUACGAAGAACAACUCGAACGUGUCGCAUCCGCGGACGUUGACCUCGCCCAAAGAUUGGGACGUGAAACCGAAGCUGAAAUUCCCGAAAUUUGCCACGGAGGAGCGUUACAAGAUGGCGAGUUUGCAUCUCGAUAAGGGAUGGUUCGUCUUCGAUUUUCUCCGGGGCUUUUUAUCUAUCGUGCAACCUUACGAUCUACCCAUCGAUCUAUUAACGGACGCCGUGGAAAAUCGCAUAAGCGCCACUAAAUUGAUCUCGCAGUCUGUGCACGUGGAAGCAGCUUUCCUCGGCUUAGUAGGCGUGUGCUGCGUACUGGCCUGCAUAAUACCUUGCAUGGAACUUUGGCUCGCCUGUCGUCCAAUCAGAGAGGAUUACAAACCGUCUCGGUAUCCCGGUGUUCUCGCAUUUCUCCUCGGCGUUCUCGCCUUUAUACUCGGGUCUUGCAUGGUGACGAUGAUAAUAUGCAACGAGGCGGUGACGGCGGGGAUCGGAAAGCUUCCUACGGCAGUGGAGACGGCGUUGCAGGAUUUAAAGGACUACCAUGCGGACACCACGUCGCAGUUACGAAAGUGCCUCACGAGGAGCCUGGACGUGGCCAGCGAGGCGAUUCUCGCCGAUCUGGACAAUGUCGAGGAAUUAUUGGGCAGACCUGUGCAGGCGGAAUUGUCAGCCGAGACUGGCCUCGACGUAGCAUUGGACGCACUAGUUGAUCUGGCAAAUGCCACACAAGAGUUAUCUGCCAGGACCGAAUCUUUACUCAGGGAGGGUGAGAGAGCUCACGAACUCGGAUUGGAAUUGAGUAGGGAAACGGACGAGAUACGGCGGGACUUGGAAGGUACGGUGAGAGCAUGCUCGGGUCCAGAUCGUUCUCUUUGUGCUGUCAUUGACUCUUCGGGGAUUCGUCUGGAUCUACGGAUAGAGCGGCUACUGAGAGACGAUCGUUUGCUGCGUCUACGGAGCAGUAGUCGGGAAAAUUUGACUGAGGCAGGACGCCAGACUCGCGGAGAGUACCUCCACGUACCACAUCACAUCGCCCGGACUACGCUGGAUACUCGUAACCAGAUUCGACGUGAGAUCAAUGCAGCACGUGCCAGGAUUGUCGAUCAAACGCGCAGCGUAGAGAUGAACAGUUUCGAACUCUCAAAGCAGCUGGAUUCUGCGAGAAGCGUCGCGGAUUAUGCUGUACCUCAUGUCAUCGCUUUCGAACAUAUCAGGUGGAUCGUCGGUCUGACUACUGUUCUAUGCAUUUUACCAGUCUUUUCGCUAUUAAUUGGGGCUUUGUGUUGUCGCUGUGGAACAUCCGAAAAUAAAGUGCGUCCAACCCUUUUGUGUGGUGCGGUCACGAGCUGUUUUGUCUCGAUUGCACUAUGGACAGUGCUCAUCGUUUCUCUAGGCAUUUCGAGCCAUACAGAGAUGCUGAUAUGCCGAACGCUCUACGAUCCCGAUUAUCGUACCAUGGAAGCCGUGCUGGAAACCCGAGUGUUCUUAGGAAGAAGGCUCACUGUUCCUCUCAAAGAGCUCUUUGAAAAAUGCCAAAACAAUGAGGCAGCUUAUCCCGCCUUCGGGCUCGAAAGCACGAUGAAACUCGAACAUUUGACUGCGCAUUGGACGUGGUUAGGCUUAUCGAAAGCAAUCUCGAAUAUCAAGGUUGACUUGAAAGGCCUUCAAAUAUUAACGCCGAAUCUGCGGGCACGUCUUCAGGAUCUCCUGUACGCUUGCGGCUUGAAUCUCACGGCGCAUAGAAUUACGAUCCAAGGACCGAUUCUGAGUAAAGAUCUGAAUACAAUGUCCGAUCAACUGGACAAUAUAUCGCGUCAGCUGCAAGAUCGAAGUAUUGGCAGGGAAUUGCAAAGCAUUGGAAUAACAAUGCGGGAUCUAAUGUCGCGGCGGGUGAAGCCGCUGAUGCGACUACAGGACGAUUUGGUGUAUCGCCUCGCAAUUUUGGAAUUGCAAGUGCAACCUCUUCGGCGCCAAGUCAACCAAUCGAUCUCUCAUCUAAGAACUAUACAAUAUUACAUAGAUCAUCAGGGGGAGAAGAUUGCUCAGUUGAAAACAAAAUUGUACGUGGACCGACUGGCGAAUUAUCUAGAUCAAUGGCGGACUCACGUACUCUCUGAAAUAGGUACGGGAGUGUCCAAGUGUCGACCUUUGUGGGAUAUUCUAGAAGGAUUCAGGCAUUUACUAUGCGCUCACAUUCUGAGCCCUUUCAACGGUUUCUGGUUCGCUACAUUUGUAUGUGCAGUCGUCAUGAUUGCCAGCACACCAACGGCUCAUAUUUUAUCAUUGGUAUACAAGAAACCAUCUCACUUCGCAAGAGACGCUAUUUUACUGCCGACAAGAACGGAUAGUCUUAACACGGACGACGACAGAACAUGGCAAACGCCAGAUCCACCGCCGCCGCCGCAAAGCGAUUGGUAACAAGCAAAGACGGAGGACUCGCAGACAGGCUUAGAAAGAUAUAAAUAUGGCAUGAGAAUUUAUAGUCAGAAGUAUUGAACAAGCUUGAAGUAUAAGUCGUACAAAAUAAGUCUUACUUGUAUCGAAUUUAUCGUAAGCAGAUUUCUAAGUUAAAAAAAAACCAACUGCCAUUCAUACACUUGAACGAAAUCCACUCAGCCUCAAAUUUAUCUAUGCGAGAGAUUCUUCAUUAUACAUCUGUUUGUUAAAGAAUAAACUUUCCGAACAUGUG